GCAUACAGUCAGUCGAUUACGAACAGCGAAGCGAGUGAGACGUGUAUUUGAAUUGUUUCUGUGGAUAGAAUAUUAUUCGGUUUUAUUUUCCAUAUUUUCUAGAUUGUGUUUUUACAUCACACGUCCCUAAGCGCUUUACUUGUUGAUAUGAAAUAUUUUAUUUUUUGAACAAUUUUGGAGUGCAGUUUGAGAAUUGUUUCUUUUAAAAAAUUGUAAUUCGGUGUUAGUGGUUCAUUUGUGGCUAAUUUUUUAAAUUACAAUUUGGAUUAAACAUUUGAGAAAGAAAAUAUCUGCGGCGCUUAAUUGUUCUGUUAAAAAAAAUAUCAAAAAAUAAAAACUUUGAAAGUAAAGAAGAAGUGAAGAGGAAGAACACCAAUUGUUUUCCGGUGAAAUAAAAUCCGUAUGAACAGAAAGGAUUUACCGUAAAUCUGAUAAUGGAUGAAAAGCACUUAGCAGAAAAUCCAGAUUAGAAAGAGUGAAAAUUAUAAAAGAAAAUGUAAAACGAGUUUUCCACUUCAAAAGGAUUUGACUGUGAAAUAGAGGAAAAUUAAUUGAAAAACUGCAAAUAAAAUAAAAUAAUUUUUUGUACUUUAUAUGUGACACUAAAAUAAAAAAUAUUUUUUGUGAAAUAAAUUUUCUCCAAUUGUAAUUAACAAGCAAAUUGAAACAAUUUUUUUUUGUGUUCGUCAACUAAACUUUGAAUAUAUAAACAAUUUUGCAAUCAUCACGAUGGCUGUGCCCUUUUUUGUGCCAGAUGGUGACGACCAACGAUCGAAUGGUUCGACGCCGCAAUCACAAAGUACGAUUUCUUCAGCUACACAAACGCCGUUACAGAGUCCAGUCAAUGACGAACAUUUGGUCCAAGCUUUCUACGAAGCUCUAUCGUUGUAUUCGGCCAAUUUGCUACAAGCCACACCGGCAUGUCUAAGCCCUCCAUCGAGUCCCUCAUGUUGUCAUAGACAUAACAAUUAUCGAGGCGAUGUAUUUUUCCCGCAAACGAAUUCGUCACCCAGAACACCAUCGGCAUCAGAUACAUCACAAUGCUGGAGAUCCAGAGCCAAUGGUUUGAGAAGGCGUCUACAUUCAACUGGUGACGAUACUCAUGACGAUGCCGAAAGCAGCGAUGAAUUUUCAAUGGCAAAUGGAUGCAACGUUCCACGACAAUCGGUGCCGGUCGAUUACGAUUUGGAGGAGCAUUACACAUACCUGGCGGCUCGAGAGCAUCUACAACCGUUUUCCGGUCAAGUUCCACCGAAAAAGAAGAAGAGGGUGGUGGAACACACCGAAGCAGAUAGUCCUGUUGCUGCAAAGUCUAAGGAGCAAAACUUUGUUUGGCCAACUGUUGUAACGGCUGUAGUUCUUGCCGUAGGUUGUGGCUUCCUUGUAACACGGUGAAUUUAACGUAAAUGUAAGUUUAAUCGAUAAAUUAAAAGUAAAAUAUUUUUAACGUAAAUAAAUGAAUAAAAUAAUCAAAUAAAUGUUGAAUGGAAAGACCAGGGUGCGAGUAAAAUUAUAUUACAUUGUAUCACAUUGUAAUGCAUCAACAUCACACCCACUCUUUUUGUUGUAUUUGUCAUAUAUACACCGAGGAGGCGCGAAUAUGCAACGCUAAAUUUGAAAAAAAAAAACGAAAUUAAUUUGGCGAGCAAUAAAUAAUUGCAUCGAUGAAAAAUGAUUUUUAAUUGAAACCAUAAAAAUGUUUGUUUGCAUGGUAUCAACCGAGAGCCAUUAAAUGCAUCGAUAAUUUUUGUAAACGGAUUUAUUUUUGUGAACGAAUUUUUUUGAAACAAAUAAAAAGUUUAAAUUUUUUAGAGUUAAACGUUAAGUACGUAUUCAAACUGUGUAAGUAUUAAUGUUAAUUGACGUCGAAAUGGAUAACAUAAAAUUGAAAACAUUUAUACCAAUUAAUAAUUAAAGGAAAAACAGUGAAUGU